CGAUCAUCGCAAAGCAGCUGAUUUCGAUUGGCUGGUCGACUACCUCGUGUUUUGCUCCCAGGAUCACACGGCAAUGGGUGAUGCUUUAUUAGCGUUGAGCGCUAUGAAGGGACUUGGCACCCGUGAUCGAUCAUCUGCUUACCUACACGCACUCAUAACUGCCCUGGAAUCACACACUCCUCGUCUUCGUAAUGCGGCUUUACGAGCUGUUUCGGACUCUCGACUGGCACUCGCCGACAUUGAUGCCAUACAGGACGAGAAUAUUCGCCAUCUACUCCUUACGAAAUUUUCCCCUGCUCUUCUGACGGCCAUUUGCCCUCAGACAUCUACUCGCGCUGCUAGUCAUCCCGAAGAUGAACCCGUGGCCAACUUCAACUAUUGGCGAGAUCAUGCAUACCUACGGCUCAUUAUAGCUCUUACUUCCAACGUGGAAUGGUGUAAACGCCUAGUCGUUGAUCGACAUAUCGGAUACUGCAUUUCCAUCUUAAAUAACCUCGACGAGCAGUCGCCCGCCCCCUUCCAUCUCGCUGCAAUAUUCGGGCAACUCCGCUCUUCGAGUCCAGACGCAGCUGGAGCUGCGUUUGAGGCAGUUACAGACGAGCAGCUCCCAUCCCUUGUCAAGUUAGCCUGGCAGGCUGCAUUGGACUUGAAGCUCUAUGAUGAAGCCGAAUGUAUCAACGAUUUCCCGGCUGUUAUCAAGUGCACGGAACCGAUGGAUAUUACAGCCCCCGACCUUGAGGAUAUCCGUAGAAAUGUCGGGCUGGUGAUGGAGAAGCUGAAAAAGCAAAACAAGUAUCCUCAAAUUACGUCUAGUAUCCAGGGCUAUUAUACUGAGUUGACCAGAUUGACCAAGACUUAACUUAUCUUUUCCGUAAAUCUGGGCUGGUGCCCUUAGAUCUAAGUUACUUACAUCAUUAUCACGCUCCAUUGUAAUAGCACGUAUGUGAGACGUUCUUAUCUGAUU